GUUUCCUGAUCUGAUUUAAUGCUUGAUUACUACAGAUAUCAAGGUUAAUAUAUACAAACUCUGGUAAUGCUAUCUUAGCAUUAGCAUCAAAUGCUAUUCACCUGCUUUGGAAGUGGCAAAGAAAUGAACGCAAUUCCAGUGGAAAGGCAACAGCCAGUGUAUCACCUCAAUUGUGGCAACCUUCAAGUGGCAUCCUAAUGACAAAUGACGUGACCGAACCAAACCAUGAGGAAGCUGUUUCCUGCUUUGCUUUGUCCAAGAAUGACUCUUAUGUGAUGUCAGCAUCUGGAGGAAAGAUCUCCUUGUUCAAUAUGAUGACAUUCAAGACAAUGACGACUUUCAUGCCCCCACCUCCAGCAGCAACUUUUCUAGCAUUCCAUCCUCAAGAUAAUAACAUUAUCGCUAUUGGCAUGGAUGAUUCUACCAUCCAGAUAUAUAAUGUUCGAGUGGAUGAGGUUAAAAGCAAGCUUAAAGGCCACUCUAAAAGGAUAACUGGCCUCGCCUUCUCUCAUUCGCUUAAUGUGCUGGUUUCUUCAGGAGCUGAUUCUCAGCUGUGUGUAUGGAGCACCGAUGGGUGGGAAAAGCAGAGAGCUAGAUCCUUGCAGCUGCUGGGGAGAUCAACAUCUCAGUCAGAUACCAGAGUGCAGUUUCAUCAGGACCAAACUCAUUUCCUGGUUGUGCAUGAGGCGCAGAUUGCUAUAUAUGAAACAACAAAAUUGGAAUGUGUAAAGCAGUGGGUUCCACGUGAAAGUGCUGCCCCUAUUUCUCAUGCGACAUUCUCGUGUGAUAGCCAGCUGAUAUAUGCCAGUUUCUUGGAUGCAACUGUUUGCGUAUUCACUUUUACGCCCCUCCAUAUGCGAUGCCGUAUUAUUCCUUCAGCUUAUCUAUCACCAAGUAUUAGCAAUUCGAAUGUCCACCCAGUUGUAGUUGCAGCACAUCCACAAGAUCCAAACCAGUUCGCAUUAGGCUUGUCAGAUGGUAGUGUUCAUGUUUUCGAACCACUUGAAUCUGAAGGCAAAUGGGGGGUCCCUCCGCCACUUGAAAAUGGAUCAGCAAAUGGUAUGCCAACCGCUCCAUCUGCUGGAGCUUCAGGCUCCGAACAAGCACCAAGAUAACAAAGAGGCCACUGAGUAAAGGUGUUGUGUGUUGUUUUGCUGAAUAUUUCCCAAAUUUCAGUUCAGACUAACGGGUAAAUGUUCGUUCUGUGUUCGUUGUAGUAGACUAACCAGAGUCCUCCAAGUUAAAACACAACUGUAAUGUAUCGCCCAACAUUUGUGUUCUUUGCAAUUGAAAGGGAAAGAAAAUCUUGACCGGGGCUAGGAGUCUUAGCACUAGUUGCAGCUUAAGCUUCUUGGUUUUUGUACCAACGUUGUGACUUUCAUUUGUGGUACUGUAUUACAGAUGUUCUUGGUACAGGACAUAACUUAGCCCAGUAGUCUCCAAUGUGUAAAUGUACAACUCAUGCGGUAAGAUGUAAUGUAAAAUGAAUGCAUUACUCUUGUAAUAUCUUUAGUUUAGUGAGGAAACCUAUCCUACCAGCUUUGUAAUUUGAGUUAUGCUUCAAUUGGUUCUCCGUAUAUCUACUUCAGCUCAA